AGACGUAUGCAGUUUCACAUUCAUUUUGUAUAUUUAUUUAAAUUUAAUUUCGGAAAGUGAAAAGAAAUGUUAAUCGUAUAAAAAGUAUUAUUCUAUAUACUGUACUGCGCGAAAAUCAAUAUGAUAUAUUUUUUGGUACAAUUGUUCCUGUUAUUUGGAUCGAUAAAUUGUAUGAAGCAAGGCCCAAGUAUCCCGUUUUUAAACUUGAACGAUGGCAACAAACUUCCAACGAUGGCUUUUGGAACCUAUCUUCUAAAAGGCGAAGUUGCACGCCAAUCAAUAGUACGUGCUGUGGAAGCAGGCUUAAGGCUUAUAGAUACGGCAGCAUACUAUGAAAACGAGGUAGACGUAGGAGCAGCUGUUGCGGAGGUUAUUGAUCGAAAGAUUGUCACUCGGGAGGAAAUCUUUAUAAGCACUAAGCUAUGGAAUAAGUAUCACGAUCGGGAGCAAGUAGUACCACAGCUGAAGAAGUCGCUAGAAAGACUUGGUCUGGAUUAUGUCGAUAUGUUUCUUAUUCACACUCCAAUGGCUGAGUCGGAAAACGGCACAUUUCUUUGCACAGAUUAUUUAGAAACUUGGCGUGGAAUGGAGGACGCGAAAAAAUUAGGAUUGACAAAGUCUAUCGGAGUAUCAAACUUUAACAGUAGACAGAUAAAUAGAAUUCUCGUUUAUGGAAGCAUAGUUCCUGCUGUUAAUCAGAUAGAGGGAAAUCCAACCUUUCCCAACAUACCCUUAGUGGCAUAUUGCCAACAAAGGGGUAUUGUGGUUAUGACAUAUUCCCCUUUGGGAUUUCUGGUCCCUCGAGGACGUGGACGAGAUGAACAAAUUGGACCAACAAUAAAUAACCCUGUUUUAGUGGAAAUCGCUCAGAAGUAUGGGAAAACUGUAAUACAAGUCGUCCUUCGAUAUGAGAUUGAUCGCUGGACAAUUCCGAUAUCAAAUACGCGAAAUCCGAAGCAUUUGGAGGAAAAUGUGAAUAUAUUCGAUUUCAACCUCACAGAUACAGAUAUUGAAAGGAUCAAUGAAUUCGAUCGUAAAGCUAAAGUGUACACUUUGGCAAAUUACAGAACCCAUCUCUAUUAUGGUAUUUAUACGCCGUAACUUAAAAAAAAUAUCAAACUAAGUUAUAAAUGCGAAAAUGAUGAAUAAGUCGUUGAAAAUAAACCUGCAAUAAUUAAGUACGGUGUAUUUGCUUCUUAUUAAUCUAGAAUACCUCAUUAUAAAGAUAUGAAAUGGACUAUUAUAAAAAAAACAUUCUUGUGUCUAUGUGUGUAAAUUUUUUUCCAGUGUAUUGAUUAGCAUAUUGUAUUACGUAAUUUAAUUGUUUCAAGUAAUAGCCACAGCCCUGCAUAUUU